AUGAAAAAACAACUCGAAGAAUAUAAUAAAAAAUAUUUCCGGAACAUUCAAUUCAUCUAUGAUUUUCUGGAUAAAAUUGGAAUGAAAAAUAGUUUAAGAGAAUUAAGAAAUGAAAGUAAAAUCAAUUAUGUAAAAGAAUAUGAUGACUAUUUUUUAGAAAAUGAGUUAAAUUAUUUUACAGAUAACAAAAGUAGUAGUGAAGAUGAUGAAGAAAGUGAUGAUUCAAUUGACUAUCAGGAUAUAAACCCUGAAUUAUUUUUUCAUACUAUUAACCAAAUGAAUAAUUCUAUUUUAUGUAAAGCUAUUGAUAGCUUCGAAAUAGGAUUGAAAAACAGAUCGAAGGAAAUAAAAAACGAAGCGGAAAACAACAACAUUGAUAAUGAUAAAAAAAAUGAAUAUCAAAAUUGUCAAACAAUAAAAAAUAAUAUCAGAAAUAGUACUACUAUUGCUGACUCAGAUAUUAUUUUCAAUCAUGUUAAAGAACAAAAUGAUUCCAUGAAUAAAAUUAAUUUUCAAAAGAUAAAGGAAAAUGUAAAAUUGUCCGAAAAAUUAGACGAUAUAAAAAAAAGUGAUAUUACAAAUUCUAAAAAUGAAGAAAAUUUCCUUAAAAAUAUAAUUGAAAAUGUGAAAGAUUCACCUUUUCCAAAUUUAAAUGCUUUGAAUCUUCCGAUUUAUGAAAACUAUAAAAAUUCAAUAACUACAACUGAAAAAAUAUUAGAUUGUAAAUCCAUCAACAAGGACCAAAAUAGUACUAUUAAUAAUUUAUCAUCUAAUUCUAACAUUCAAAAUUAUAAAAGUUUGGCUAACGAAAAAAGAGAAGAGCAUUAUACUAGUAUUCAAAAAGAAGAACGUGAUAUUAUCACUUGUAAGACUGAACAAAAAGAAAAAAAUAAUAAUGAAAUUAAUGGUAAUCGAAAUGAUAGUACAUAUAAUUGGGAUAACUAUUUUUCCAAUGAAAAAUCGAUAUCUAAGGAAGUCAAAAUUAAGUAUAUAAGUUCGAAUCCUACAACUACACCUGCUAACAUUACCCCUGAAACACAAAAAAAUGAAAAAAAAAAUGAUGAACACACAGGAAAAUCAAACAUUUUAUUUGUGAAAUAUAUUGAUAUAUAUAAUAUUGAUAAAUAUAAAAAUAGUAAAUUUGAAAAUGUGAUAUUUUUUAAUGUAUUUUUCCCAAUUAUUAUUUUAGUUGGAUAUGCAGAUGGGAGUAUAAAACUUCUUUUUAUAAUUUAUGAAAAAAAUCAAAAUAAAUUUGAAGAAUGCAUGCAUAUAUGUAAAGGAUUAGAUGAAAUAUCUUUAGGAUCUCCAAUAAUGUAUAUAGAUAUUAAUUAUAAGGAUAAUAUAUUUAUUACUUCAACUAUGAGUGGCCAAAUAUAUAUAUGUCAUAUUGAUAUUCAAAAAAUAAAUAAGUUAACUGAUAUUAUAGAAGGGAAUAAUUCAAUAGAUAAUAUUAAAAAUAAUAUUAAAGGCGAUACAAAAUAUAUUAAUAUAAUAAAAAAAUUAGCAUAUCAUAAUGGAUAUUCAUCCAAAUGUUUGUUUAAUUAUAAUUCCUUUUUUUUUUGUUCUAUAGCUAAUGAUAAAAAUCUAAUAAUUUAUGAAAAAAUUAAAGACGAAAAUUCAGAUCUUUCUCCUAUAUAUGAUAAGAAAAAAAUUAUAGGGUUACCUGAAACGCCUACAAGUGUAUUGUGGAUAUAUACAAAUAAUAUUGACGAUAAUGAUAAUAAAAAUAAAGAACUUAUUGCUGUCAGCAUGUUAAAUAGUAAUCAUAUAUUAUUGAUAAAUAGUGAAACAUACUGCAUAGAAGAUAAAAUAUAUUUAUUUGAUGCAACCGAAAAAUAUAAUAUUUUAAAUCUAGAAUAUAAUCGAAAGAAAAAUAUAAUAAUCAUAUGUGCAGAUACAUCUACAAUAUUUGUUUAUUCAAUUUUAAAAAAAGAAAUUAUAAAAAAAAUUUAUGGGUGUGUAUUAAAUUCACUUUCCUUUCCAACUAUGGAAAUGGAUAUCAACGGAAAUAAUAUUUACAUAACAUCUGAUGAUUAUACAAAUGGUACACAUAUAUUAAUAUUUGAUAUAAAAAGUGGGAAUAUGAUUGAUUCUAUUAAUAAUGGAUAUAAAAUUAGAUGUUUUCGAUUAUUAAAAAGUUAUAUUUGUCCAUUCUUAGAUGAUCAAAGUUCAAAGAAUGUUGAAGAGAACAAAAAAGCUUUGCUUAUUUUAGGAUCAUUUGACAAAAAAAUUCACUUUUUUUCAAACUAA